UUUAAGAAAGCGGAACUGAGCGUCGCUGUUUGACGUGCUGAGGAUGUGGUGGGCAGGAAACGCUGUGCAGCAAGAGCAAAGCAGAGAGAGACGAUCACGCUUUCCAGCAGCAGCAACAGCUUUCGCACAAUACUGUGCGAUCAAUAUGUGCUGUAAUCCUCCACGCUGAUGUCCAGGAGCGGUCGGAUCCGGACUCCGUGGCCGUCGCAGAGGAUUUGCCGGCGUGGGGUUUGACUGCUAGCCGAGCCAGAGGGUUGCCUUCCCAGCCUGCUCGCUUUGAAAACAUCGGGGCUGGUCAGCGGGUGGGGAGAGCGAGGAAGAGAGAUAGAGAGAGAGAGAGAGGAGGCUUCGUCGCGGAAAAAAAAGGAGGUGUCUGCCUUUUUUUCUUUUCUCCCCCCUUUUCAACACCCACCCAGGCCAUGAGGGAGUACAAAGUGGUUGUUUUGGGGUCAGGAGGGGUGGGCAAAUCCGCGCUGACUGUCCAGUUCGUGACGGGCUCCUUCAUCGAGAAGUACGACCCCACGAUAGAAGAUUUCUACAGGAAGGAGAUAGAGGUGGACUCGUCCCCGUCCGUGCUGGAGAUCCUGGACACGGCGGGUACCGAGCAGUUCGCCUCCAUGCGAGACCUGUACAUUAAAAACGGGCAAGGCUUUAUUCUGGUCUACAGCCUGGUCAACCAGCAGAGCUUCCAGGACAUCAGGCCUAUGAGAGACCAGAUCAUCCGGGUGAAGAGAUACGAGAGGGUGCCUAUGAUCCUGGUGGGGAACAAGGUGGACCUGGAGGGAGAGAGAGAGGUGUCUUCCGGGGAAGGGAAGGCGCUGGCUCAGGACUGGAGCUGCCCGUUUAUGGAAACUUCCGCCAAAAAUAAAGGAUCAGUCGACGAACUGUUUGCAGAAAUAGUCAGACAGAUGAACUACACAACAGUCCCCAGUGGUGGAAACCAGUGCUGCUCAUGUGUCCUGCUCUAAAAAACAAAGUCCACAUCCAAGCUGGAUUUCAGCUUCUUACUUGUCCUGCAGGCUUCUCUCUCCUCACACUGUUGUCUUAUUGUUGCACACAAACAUAAAAUCGACCAUGACAACAAUCGAUCAUGUAUAAUAGUCUGGAAAAAAGUGUUUACAUGACAAAGUUACUUGAAUGUUUUGGGAUUUUUUUUUUUUUUAGCUUUGUAUGAUACUUCUCUGGAAAUGUGCCUCAAUGGGAAUGUCUUAUAAUGAAACCUAAGAGACAUCUGCUUUUUGUAUUUGUUAACUUUUGGUGGUUUUUAUUUCUCUUAAGUUGUUACUGUUACACCUUCUAGGCCAGGUCCAUCUUGUCUUUGGGUGGUCCUGGUUUUGGGAUUGAUCAUUUUUGGCAUCUUUAUGGCUUAAAAUUACAGAGCAGGAAACUUAGAAGUGCUUAAAAAUUUUACGCUCUUAAUCGUAUCAAUCACCACUCAAGCCUUUGCACAGGUUACACAAAUCUGAUCAACACAAUUUUACCCCCCUCAAAGACCCCACCAUGGAAGAGACUGUAUUGAAAGCUGUGCACUGUGGUGGAGUUGUGUUUGCUGACAUAUUAUUUGAGUUUUGGUGUGGUAAAGUGGAUUUUAUCCUUGAUCUUGCACUUAGCUGAAGGUGUCCCCCCCUCAGUGUGCACAAACAAAGGACCAUAGUGCAUUUCUGUCGCUGCAUGGGGAACGCCAUAACCCCAUGUCAAGUGCCUUGCCAAGAAAAACUCCUGUGACUGUGCCAACUGAUGAGCCCUUCUUCCUCUGCAGUGCGUCUUGAUGGCAAUCAGAACUUUUCUUAGCUGUUUUCAGUAUCUACUUUCAUUUGGUGUCAAAGUGAGAAGCGCCUCUUCCUGCUGUACUGUCAGGAAGCCACGCUCGUGUCAGACCUGCUGAUUCAGGGUCAGAUUCCUCCAGGUACUAGUCCCAACAAGAACAACAGAGUGUCUUUAAACCUAGCAGGAUUUUGGUUCAGUGAAUGGCAAGCCAUGUCUGUAUUAUCUAGAAUUUUUCCUUUUAUAAAAAUGUGACAUUUUUUUGACUUCUACAGUAAUUGUAAUUCUCCCUUUGGACAAAUCUUCUGCCAUCCAGCUGUCAGUUGAAAUGACUUGUAAUACAAAAGCAUUUUACAUAACAUUAAAGUGUCUGCAUUUUCCUUAA